UCCACACCCAGAGAACAACACGUGAAGAACUGCUUGCUAGUAGAACUGCUUAGCUCCACCUAAGGGAUCUUUCUUUAAAAAAAACUUUUUAAAAAGUAUACUGAAAGCACUGAAGAACUAUGAAAAUCACAUCUUUCUUUGCUGCGUUGUUAUUACUAGAUCUCUUUGUUUGCUGUCAUGCUUAUCCACAAGAUCCCUUGCCUGAUAUAGAAGAUGCAAAGUUCAUUGAAGACUGUGUGAGAGCUCACAAUAAGUUUCGAUCCAAAGUGAAUCCGCCAGCCAGCAAUAUGUAUCGCAUGUCCUGGGAUGCUGCUUUAGCUAAGACUGCCAAAGCAUGGGCAAAGAAGUGCAAAUUUAAGCACAACAUCUACCUUAAAGUGCCCCGGAAGGUGCACCCCACCUUUACUCCUGUUGGAGAAAACAUCUGGACUGGCACAGCAACCAUCUUCUCCGUGGAUGCAGCUCUCAGUGACUGGUUUAAUGAAGUUAGCAGAUAUGAUUUCAACACCCAUAGCUGUUCGCACGUGUGUGGUCACUACACCCAGGUCGUUUGGGCAGAGAGUUACAAAGUUGGCUGCGCAGUUCACUUCUGCAAUACAGUUGAAAAUAUGCCAGGAUUCUUCAAAGUAGCACAUUUUGUUUGCAACUAUGGGCCAGCGGGGAAUUACCCAAGAAAACCAUAUAAAGCGGGACAACCAUGCAGUGGAUGCGGUAAUGAGAAAUGCAGAGACAAGCUCUGUGAAAAUACAGAACGUGAAAAGCUGAUAAGUUAUGCCAACUGGUACCCAGACUGGGAUACACAACCCCAUCCACCACCCUACAUUCCACCUGCUGAGCAUCCACCGGCUGAGCAUCCACCUGCUGAGCAUCCACAUUCUUUUUGUGACCAAUACUGUCUUACUAUUUCAAUUUUAAGGCCACUGUUUUUGGUACUGAGUGUUGGUGCUGCUUUUUUAGUACAACAGCAGUUUCCACACAUAUUUUUUUAUGAGUAAUAAUCAAUUAAGCUACUAACAGUGAUCCUACUGCUGUAUAACUCCCAGAGAAUAGCACACAUUUAAUAAAACACUU